ACUCCCGGAAGCAGGCCGGAGCGAAAGAUGGCUGAGUAGGCGUCUUGUCGUCGCUGUGGUCGGUAGCUUGGAGGAGCCACCCCGCCCCUCCCGCCGUGCUCCAUUCCCUGGUUUCCCCGCCGCCGCGGCCACCGCUCCCUCUCCCCCGCCGGACAGUGGCUGCUGGAGAUAUGUCGCUCUUCCAGUCUGCCCUGGAUUUCCUGGCGGGCCCCGGCUCCCUGGGGGCCACCAGCCGCGACCAGAACGAUUUCGUGGGGCAGACGGUGGAGAUGGGCGAUAUGAAGCUGCGCAUCAAGCGGGUCAUCGCGGAGGGUGGUUUUGCUUUUGUCUAUGAAGCUCAAGAUCUUGGAAGUGGCAAAGAUUAUGCUUUAAAGCGAUUGUUGUCUAAUGAAGAAGAAAAGAACAAAGCCAUCAUUCAAGAAGUUUGUUUUAUGAAAAAACUUUCAGGCCAUCCCAACAUCGUCCAGUUCUGCUCUGCUGCAUCUAUAGGAAAAGAAGAAUCAGACACGGGACAGGGAGAGUUUCUCCUGCUUACAGAGCUGUGUAGAGGACAGCUGGUGGAAUUCUUAAAGAAAGUAGAAGCCAAAGGACCUGUCUCCUGUGACACAGUUUUGAAGAUAUUUUAUCAGACCUGCAGGGCAGUGCAGCAUAUGCAUAAACAGAAGCCUCCUAUUAUCCAUAGAGAUUUAAAGGUGGAAAACUUGCUUAUUAGUAACCAAGGGACAAUAAAACUCUGUGACUUCGGUAGUGCUACAACUGUAGCUUACUAUCCUGACUACAGCUGGUCUGCACAGAAGAGAGCACUGGUUGAAGAAGAGAUCACAAGGAAUACAACACCAAUGUACAGGACACCAGAAAUGAUAGACUUGUAUUCAAAUUUUCCAAUUGGUGAAAAACAGGACAUUUGGGCUCUGGGCUGUAUCCUGUACUUGCUGUGCUUUAGGCAACAUCCAUUUGAAGAUGGAGCUAAACUUCGCAUAGUCAAUGGAAAAUAUGUCAUCCCACAAAAUGACACCCGCUACUCUGUGUUUCAUGAUCUCAUUCAUUCCAUGUUGAAGGUGAACCCGGAGGAGAGAUUGUCAAUCGCUGAAGUUGUGAAUCAACUGCAGGAGAUUGCAGCAGCUAGGAAUGCAAAUCCUAAAUCUCCCAUCACAGAGCUCCUGGAACAAAAUGGAGGCUAUGGAAGCAAUACUCUGCAUCGGACAUCUGUGACCUCUGUUUCACAGAGCUCCAAGCCUGCAGGACAGCUUAACAGUAUGUGUAAUACAGGCCUGACCGUUGCGGAAUGUGACCAGACUUAUGGAGGGUUCUUUGGUAUUCUGAGGGGUGGAACAGAGCGAUUUUUCACUAAUAUUAAGGAUACAUCUUCUAAAGUUAUCCAGUCUGUGGCCAAUUAUGCAAAAGGAGACUUGGAUAUAUCAUACAUCACUUCCAGAAUUGCUGUGAUGUCCUUUCCAGCUGAAGGUGUGGAGUCUGCCAUCAAAAAUAACAUAGAAGAUGUGCGGUUAUGUCUGGACUCUAAACAUCCUGGCCACUAUGCUGUGUACAAUCUCUCUCCAAGAACAUACAGACCUUCAAGAUUCCAUAAUAGGGUUUCUGAAUGUGGUUGGCCAGCAAGACGAGCACCGAAUCUUCAGAAUCUUUAUAGCAUAUGCAAGAACAUGCAUAUAUGGCUGAAACAAGACCAGAAAAAUGUUUGCAUUGUGCACUGCCUUGACGGAAGAGCAGCCUCUGCUGUUGUAGUUUGUUCUUUUCUGUGUUUCUGUCGCCUCUUCACUACUGCUGAAGCUGCAGUUUAUAUGUUCAGUAUGAAACGCUGUCCUCCUGGCAUUUGGCCUUCUCACAAAAGAUACAUUGAAUACAUGUGUGACAUGAUGGCUGAAGAACCCAUUAUUCCUCACAGCAAGCCCAUCCUUGUCAGAUCAAUCAUCAUGACUCCAGUUCCUCUUUUCAGUAAGCAGCGUAAUGGCUGCAGGCCGUUUUGUGAAGUUUAUGUGGGAGAUGAGAGAGUAGCCACUACCUCCCAGGAGUAUGACAAAAUGAAGGAAUUUAGAACUGAAGACGGGAAAGCUAUAAUUCCACUAGGUAUAACAGUCCAGGGAGAUGUUCUCAUUGUGAUCUAUCAUGCCAGGUCAACACUAGGAGGCCGACUACAAGCCAAGAUGGCUUCAAUGAAGAUGUUUCAGAUUCAGUUCCACACAGGUUUUGUGCCCCGAAAUGCCACCACAGUGAAAUUUGCCAAAUAUGAUCUGGAUGCCUGUGACAUACAAGAAAAAUACCCUGAUUUAUUUCAAGUCAAUCUGGAAGUAGAGGUGGAACCCAGAGACAGACCUAGCUGUGAACAGCCACCGUGGGAUAACAUGAAUAUAAAGGGACUGAAUCCCAAGAUCCUUUUCUCUACCCGAGAGGAACAGCAAGAUAUUUUAUCAAAAUUUGGGAAACCAGAGCUACCUAGGCAACCAGGUUCAACUGCACAAUAUGAAGCAGAGGCAUCCCAGCUGGAGCAGUCUUCAGAAAGUGCACCUACUGAUACAGAAUCCCCACAGAGCAGUAGUACUGAGGCAAAUAACUUCUUUCAUUCUCUGGACUGGAAAGGAAGAAGUCUGGAAAGUGGAAUAGAGGACAGUUCAUCUAAAAAUGUUCAUAUUCAACUACCUGAUGACAGAGAGGAGAGUGAUCCUUCAGAUGAGGAACUCCCUACAUUUUCAGGUGAAGAAAGUGCAGUAAUUAUUCAUGAAAAAGACUCUACUACUCCAGAAGGAGAGUUGCUUUUUGAAGCCCUAUCUGCACCAGUACAAAAAUCUAUUCCUGAAGAGAACAUAGACUUACUGGGACUGGACUCUGAUAUUUCACCAGAACAGAAAGAAUCUAUGCCAGAAAUAAACUCUUCAUCAAGUAAUGCAGAAUUGUUGAACAAUCUGUUUGUGGCUAAUGCAUCACAGAUUUCAGAAGAGCCCACUGGAGAUCUUCUUGGAGAAGGAACCGAUUUCUUUUUCAGUAGUCACUGUCCAGCUGCUACGCAGGGUACAUCUUCAGGAGCAGCUAUGUCUUCAGCUGAUCCUUUUGACCCCUUCACAAUGUCAUCAAGUUCAGAGAAUCAAGUUGUGUCUGGUCCCAACUUCUUUGGGGACUUUCUUAAUUCAAGCUCAACAUCUACAGUUAGUACAGUUCUUUCCACACAGAGUUUGCUUCCACCGUCUUCGAGCUCAGAUUUCUUAAAUUUAGGGAAUUUGACACCAGAGCCACCUAAAAUACCAUCUUCUACAAGCCACCCAGAUCUCUUAGGUGGAUGGGAUUCUUGGGCAGAUUCCUCAGCAACGAUUGAUGUGGCCUCCCCACAACUGAAGCCUCUUUUUGAAGCUCAAGCUUCUACCAUAAGGAACCAGUCCAGUGUGUCUUCAGGUCAGUCUUUCAGCCAGACUAUAUCUCAGAAUUUUGAUCCUUUUGCUGAUCUUGCCAACCUUGGAUCUGGUCUUCCAGGUUCCUCCAGUGGUGGAGUUUCAAAUAUUGGCUUUGGUCAGAAGACUGCUCCAUCUCAGAAACUGGGAAAUCAGUGGCAGAAAUCCACAAAAUCACAAAGUGUAUCCUGGCAGUCCCAGACUAAAUCCAGCACAGCAGCAAAACCAAAUUACACGCUAAACUUCAGUGUUAUUGGAGGACGAGAAGAAAGAGGAAUCAGAACCCCAAGCUUUGGUCAAAAGCCCAAAGUUUCAGAAAAUGACUUUGAGGAUCUCUUAUCUAAUCAAGGAUUUUCAGCGAAAUCUGAUAAAAAGGGACCAAAAACCAUUGCUGAGAUGAGAAAGCAAGAAAUGUCUAAAGAUAUGGACCCCUUGAAGCUCAAGAUUCUUGAAUGGAUUGAAGGAAAGGAGAGAAAUAUCAGAGCAUUAAUAUCCACUCUUCAUACGGUGCUUUGGGAAGGGGAAAAUAAGUGGAAACCAGUCAGCAUGGCAGAUCUAGUAACUCCUGAACAAGUGAAGAAAUACUACAGGAAAGCAGUGCUUGUAGUUCAUCCAGAUAAGGCCACAGGACAACCUUAUGAACAGUAUGCCAAAAUGAUCUUCAUGGAAUUGAGUGAUGCAUGGUCAGAGUUUGAAAACCAGGGAUCAAAGCCGCUUUUCUAAAACUUUACCUUUUACAGAACUACUUCAGGAAACUGGAGCUGAGCAUUUUCCAAGCUGAAGUCCUUUUUUCCAUGAUGUCAGCACAGCUUCUAAUCAUGCACUUAAAUGUGGUGAUGUAUUUUAUAAGAUGUAGAGUACAAAGCAUUACACAGAUGCAUUAGGAAAACAGCUGUUCAGUACUUGAAGAAAUCAGAGUCUGGAAGUAAAGAUUUCCUUUCAGUUUUGUACAUGGUAAAAUAGAAUUUUAGUGAAGCUCCAUGAUUUCUGACGUACUAGUAUUAAUUAUAAAUCAUUCAAAUUUUCCUGAUCUUUGUUUUACCUCUACCUUCCCCAUUCUUCUGUUACUUUCAGUCGUCUUGUGAUUAAAUUUUGAUGUUUCAUGUCUGUCACCUUAUUUGAAGUGCUUUAGUUAUCAGCAGUGAAUUUGCUUGGCUUAUCUCAAUCCUGAAGGUGUAUAUUUUCAUCUGUAUUUUAUGUAAUCCAUCUGAUAAUCAUUCUGUAAAUAAUGCUUUCUGACAAUACCUGUGUUCUUUACAAUAAAUUAAGAGUUAUUUCAGAUCUUUUUGCCUAAACGUUGGAAAGUCAGACAGUUGUUUUUUUUCUACAUAUAAUUAAUCUAGAAACAAAUCUUGACUUGAAGGACUGCAUGUUCCUGCUGUUUUGUUAUUUAUUAUGAACAUUUGGAAGGCAGUACUCUGACCAGUGCUUUUUUCCUAGUUCUUUAAAUGGUGUCUUACUUCCAAAUUCAGUGGAACAUUCCUUCCAUUGGACUUCAGAUACUCUGAUAGAAAUAAUGUUAUUCUGAAACUUGAAGUGUAAGCAAAAAAACAUUUUAGUCUGCUUUGAUUUGUCUGACUAAAUACUAUGUUACUCCUUAUCAUCUGGAGAGCAUUUGAAGUGCUUUAACACAUUUUGCUGCAUGUCUGAACUUCUGUAUUUCUGAGAUAUGCAUGACAUCAUGGUGUGUAUUGGUAGACUGCAUUUCUGCUCACUAACCUUUCAGGCGCUGGCUUUUGCAAGAUGGGUAGACACACAACUUGAUAACAAAACUUGCCCUGUUUUCUCAUCUCCAUUCAGAAGGCUGUUUUUUCACUUGUGCUUCGGUGAAUUAAUGCAAAUGACCAAUGACUUACACUCUGUGCAAUAACAAAAUGCAAUUUUCCUAUCAAGUUUGAUAAUGUUGAAAACUUGUAUUGUGGUAUUAAAAGCUUUGGCAGAAGUCUCUUGAUACAGUACAGUUGAGCAUUCAAGGGGAUAUUUUUAUAAUCUUGCUGUUUUAUACAUUUUGCAUGCUUAACCAUGAGGGAAACUGUACUAUUAUCAGAGGUAACUGUUCAGCUGAGCAACAUCUGAGCAGAAAACAUGGGAUUCUAAUGCCACUUGAACAGUGUGUUAGAUGAGGUUAUCCACUGCCACAUGAGCCUGAGAGUUGAUGGGUUAAAGACUUGUGAACACAGGUCGAAAUUUAUAACUUCUAAGCUCACAUCUAACAGUUACUUGUUAACCUGUGUGAAAAGGUUUUCUGUGUAUAUAUUCACAAAUAUAUUCAGCUACUGUGAUUUUGUUUAAGAUGGAAGCCAGGAUCAGUUAUGGAUCAGGAAGGUUAUAUAUUAUUCAUAGCUGCAGUUGUAUUUCAGUUACUGCUUUGAAGCAGUCUUAAACCUCAAUGCAUUUCUUCAUAAAAACAGGUAACUUGCUAUCGGAUUUAGAGUAAGAGCUAAUCUUUUUUCCUUCAGACACUUCAUUAUCUCUCUGUAUGUGUGGUCUGCAUCCAUCAAAAUUAAAGGACAGAUCUGUUGAAGAUCUGCAUGGCUUUUACAGUCCUAUGGCAGACGAUAUCUAGUAGUAGGUUUAAAAAGACUUACACUGAUAUAUAGUGACUGUGACUCCUAUAAACAGCUGAGAGAUAAAGCAUUUCUGCGGGAGCUGCUUUUAGUAAGGAAGGCAUGGCACUUGAAGUUCUUUUGUGUAGCAUCUCCUCGACUCUUGCAGCAAAUCAUGGUGCCUUUUGGCCUGUGUUUGUAGUUCCUUUGUCUGUUAGCUGACUAAUAGCAUGCUCUUUUUGCAGCCUACCAGGAUUAAAUUCUUAAAAGUGAGUAGCUUGAUGUGGUUAUUGCAAGAGGAAAGAAAAAAAAUACAGGAUAAGCUAAGGGAAGGGUGGAGAAGAGCAUCCAGACUCUAACCUACAUGUCAAAUGUUUUCUAAUUCCCUCUUCAUUGACCUAUCCCUGCCUACUUCUGCUAGAAACAGGUCUAGAGUAGUAGAAAGAACCCUGUUUGUAGCCUACUUUUCCAGCCCUUUUAGAAGUGCUACUGACUGGCUAUAGACAGUACCAAGUGUUUAUCCUUUUUUUGCAGAAGCUGCUACAAAACAGGGCUUAUAGAAUGCUAGGGCAGUUUUCCGCUAGUUAUUUCUGAACUAAGUUGCUUGUGUUACAUUCAGUUAGAUCUAGAGAGUCAGGGAACUUUUAAAAUAGAGAUUUGUGAAGAAGAAUUGACGUUAAGAGUGUGUGGUUAAAACCUGCCAAAUGGAGAAGAGAGUGGUGUUUUGACUAUGUUGGAGGAAAUCGGUGUCUAAGUUUGGGCACACCUCUUUUGUGUUGCCUGGUGCUUUCUGAUUUCCUUGAACUUAACAGCAGGGAAGAGAAAAUGAGCAGUUAAGCCCUUGCAUUCAUAUUACACCAUGGGGUUAUGGUCAGUAUUGUUAGCAGGUAGUUAUUCCCAGACAUCAAGCCUGGGAGGAGAAGUUCCUCUGUGUUGCCACUUGAGUGCAGUUCAGGUGGUUUGCCAAUAAAUGGUACCUUCCUUCAGCAAAUACAGAAUGGACAACUUAGAACAGGGCCGAUGAAGUACAUUUCCCUGAAACAGUGGCAGAGUCCUUGGCAUUGAACCUGUAAGGGUAACUAGUGCUCAUGGAAAAAUGCCUUGUUUACCUCCAUUUCCUUCCUACUUUGAGGAAGUUCCUCUGGUAUUGUCUUGUCAAGCACAGAGUAACAGUUCCUGAAUGCAGGCUAUGUCUCAAAGCCACAUGCACAGGAUUAAUAUUUUGCACAAACCAAAGCAGAGUUUGAGUGUAACUGAAGUCUUGUCUGUCUUUGGGACUGCUGGGCUAUAUGCACUGUUCCACCUCCCAAGGCCAGACUGCCGUUUCCCCAGCAGUGGCAGUAUGUUUGCAUAGUUGUUGUCCAUUGCAUUCUUUGCUGCUCACCAGAAUAUUUCAAGGGUAGAGUAAAUGUGGAAACCUUGUUGUUCCCAAGCUGUGUCCUUAAAUGCCUAACCAUCACGUUUUAAGGAAUGCUUUGUAAAAAAGUUCAAAUUACUCUUGUACAGUUGCUUGUGUUUUUUGAUUCAGUUGAUAUUUUCUGUCAAAACCUGCAGGUGAUUGACCUGUGAAAGCUGUAAAAGGAAUGUAUCAAGAUUGUGACUUUGAUGAAUCUUGCAAUGUUUGCUUGCUUGCUCGGGUGAGCUUAUUGUAGACUGCCAUUUAGACUGCGUUAAACUUGUAACAUGCUCCAAAAAUACAAAUUCAGUCAUUUUUAUGAAGGAUACAUGUUCUCUUAGAAGCUUUUUACUACCAAAAGGGGAUUAAGAGGCAUUGUGAGAACUCACAAAACUCUUUAGUGGAAUGUACUGUAUAUUUGCAAUGUAGACUUCUAGAAAGCAGUUGUCAUCUCUGAUAAGGACUUAGCUUGCUCUUUUUUUUUAUUUGCCUGUAGUUGUGAUUGUACUUUCUAUACCUGUGAUUUUUCUGGUUUGGGGUGUGUGGAAGGUAAGAAUUGAUACUCAAGUCUUAUUUUUGUCAUUUUCAGAAAAUGCAAUGUACUGAGUAAUUUUGCUACUAGUGAAAUUAAGAUUAUACCUGUAUGUAUAUAAAGGUAAUAUAGCCAAAUUAAGCCUUGUUUAAAAGUACAUUUAAUGUUUAGCACAAUGUCCUUGAACAGAAUAUUUUGCUUUGAAAUGUAACACGACUUAACCAGUGAUCAAUUAAAACAAACAAAAUUA